AUGGGUGAUAGAACACUUAAGCAAUUGGCUGCUCCUAAUGUUGAUAACGAGCAGCCCCUGUGUAUUCGUUAUGCUAAUCCUGUUGUACCUUUUGAGCUUAAGUCUGGACUGAUACAUUUGCUUCCCAAGUUUCGUGGUCUUGCAGGUGAGGAUCCUCACAAGCAUCUGAAGGAAUUUCACAUAGUCUGCAGCACUAUGAAGCCAACAGGGGUGGAUGAGGAGCAAAUCAAGUUGCGUGCUUUUCCUUUCUCUUUGGACAGUGGAGCUAAGGAUUGGUUGUACUACUUGCCACCUUCCUCCAUUGUAAGCUGGAAUGACAUGUCAAGAUUUUUUCUUGAGAAAUUCUUCCCUUCAUCUAGGGCCACCUCAAUCAGAAAGGAGAUCAGUGGCAUAAGGCAGGCUAAUGGGGAGAACAUGCAUGAGAACCUUUUAGAUGCAGCUAAUGGAGGAGUCCUGAGCAAUAAAACACCUAAUGAGGCAAAAGAGUUGAUUGUUGAGAUAACGGCUAAUGCUCAGCAAUUUGGCACUAGAGCAAACAGCAGUACAGUGUUCCAAGUGCAAACUCCUCCAAUGUAA